UAUCCGCAUGCUGAGGAUCCAGGGUUGGGUGCUGAGGAUUUGUUUGGGCUGAAGCGUACAGCUAUAGCUAGUUAGUGGAAGUCAUUGCGAAUUGUCAUUAUUUUGUUUUUGGAAUAUAUUUUGAUAUUAGUUACCUAGCGACAUGCCUGGAAUUGAUAAACUACCGAUAGAAGAAACACUGGAGGAUAGUCCACAGACGCGCUCCCUGCUGGGUGUUUUUGAGGAGGAUGCAGCCGCCAUCUCCAGCUAUACGCACCAGCUCUUCCAGGCCAUGCAGAGGAUCUACGACGCUCAGAACGAGCUCAGUGCUGCGACACACCUGACGUCCAAGCUGUUGAAGGAGUAUGAGAAACAGAGGUUCCCCCUAGGGGGCGAUGAUGAAGUCAUGAGCUCCACUCUGCAGCAGUUUGCCAAAGUCAUCGAUGAGCUCAGCUCAUGCCAUGCUGUCCUGUCCACACAACUGGCAGAUGCAAUGAUGUUUCCCAUCACACAGUUCAAGGAGAGGGAUUUAAAAGAGAUCCUCACUCUGAAGGAGGUGUUCCAGAUCGCCAGCGAUGAUCACGACAUGGCCAUCAACAGAUACAGCAGGCUGUCCAAAAGAAGGGACAAUGAGAAGGUGAGGUGUGAGGUGAUGGAGGAUGUGUACACCUCCAGGAAGAAGCAGCACCAGACCAUGAUGCACUACUUCACUGCACUCAACACCCUGCAGUACAAGAAGAAGAUCGCCUUACUGGAGCCACUGCUGGGAUACAUGCAGGCACAGAUCAGCUUCUUCAAGCUGGGCUCUGAGAACUUGACGCAGCAGUGGGAGGACUUCCUGUCCACCAUCGGCACCAGCGUGCAGAAUGUGCGCAGGGAGAUGGAUGGGGAAGUGGAUGUGAUGCAGCAGACCAUUCAGGACCUGGAGCAGGCCAGUGACAUCCUCUACAUGCCUGACCCCGACCCCAGCAAAAUCCCUAUCAACCGCAACCUCACGCGCAAGGCUGGGUACCUCAACACCCGCAAUAAAACAGGCCUGGUGUCUUCAUCCUGGGACCGGCAGUACUUCUUCACCCAGGGAGGGAACCUGAUGAGCCAGGCACGGGGGGACGUGGCCGGGGGGCUGGUCAUGGACAUCGACAACUGCUCUGUGAUGGCAGUGGACUGCGAGGACCGCAGAUUCUGCUUCCAGAUCACCUCCUUCGACGGAAAGAAAGUGGCCAUCCUGCAGGCUGAGAGUCGGAAAGACUGCGAGGAGUGGAUUGCGACGAUUAACAACAUCUCAAAGCGGAUCUAUCUCAGCGAGAACCCUGAGGAAACUGCUGCCAGAGUCAACCAAUCAGCUCUGGAGGCUGUGACGCCCUCGCCUUCCUUCCAACAGAGACAUGAGAGUCUGCGGCCCAGCUCGCAAGGCCGUCCCAAAGCCGCUCGCUCCAGUAGCCAGAGCUCAGUGGGCUCUGAGUCCCCCGCCCUGUCCUCGCUCUCCCUGGACUCGCUGGUGGCCCCCGACACGCCCAUCCAGUUUGACAUCAUUUCGCCCGUCAGCGAGGAGUACGCCGGCCAGGCCAAGAGCGCCGGGCAGGGGAGCAGAAGGACAAACCCAUUUGGAGAGUCUGGAGAGACUCAGUCUGAAGAGAGUGAAGACUCCAUCCUGCACCAGCUCUACAUUGUGCGCUUCCUGGGGUGCAUGGAGGUGAGAGCCACGGAGAGUGCUGAUGUCAUCUAUGAGACCAUGCGCCAGAUCCUGGCUGCCAGAGCCAUCCACAACAUCUUCCGCAUGACUGAGUCCCACCUGCUGGUCACCUGCGAAUGCCUCAAGCUCAUCGAUCCACAGACUCAGGUGACGCGAUUGAGGUUUCCCCUCUCCAGUAUAGUGCUGGUUGCGACUCACCAGGAGAACAAGCGUCUGUUUGGCUUUGUGCUGCAGACUGCGGGGGGGCGGGCAGACGGCCAGCCCGUCUCUGUCUGCUACAUCUUCGAGUCCAACAACGAUGGCGAGAAGAUCUGUGACAGUGUGGGCUUGGCAAAGCAGAUCGCCUUCCACUCAGAGAUGGACCGCAGGGCCUCUGAGAAGCAGAAGGAACUGGACAAGGCCAAGGAGAAACAGCAGGAGGAGCUGAGCAAACAGAAACAGAUAGAGAAGGACUUAGAGGAGCAGAGCCGCUUGAUCGCGGCGUCCAGCCGGCCCAGCCCAGCAGCCGCUGACGGACAGGUCCUCGUUCUGAGCAACAGCCAAUCGGAGGACAGCGAUGCCGGUGAAGAGGGCCGAAAGAAGGGGGAGUCGGACGCCUGACUGCAGCAGGAGGAGCCGCGGGGGAGAGACACAAGCCCCACCCCCAUGUGAACUUCUGCCCCACCCCCUCUGAAGCUUCUGCUCGUCCCAGCUGGGGCUCCGUGAGAUGAGAGGAAGGUCACCUCCACUCCACCAGCCCCCUGCCCCCACCCCCCAAAAAAAGAUGAAAAUAAACAGUAUGGAAGAGGAAGUCAAAUGACUUUUUGGCACUGCCCAUGAGCUUUCCGAGAAUAUUCCUCGCUUUGUAUAAAUCUUUUAUUUUCUACUGGCUUCUUUAUUCAGAAGAUAUACAUUAUAUAUAAAUAUAUAUAUAAAAUGUGCUUUUAGAGUAAUGUUUUUUAUAUAUAAAUCAAUGCAGUACUGAUAAACCACAGCAUACUAAAACUUUUAAAAGAGACGUGUGGAAUACUAAGCUUAUUGAGAGGGUAAUUGCACGUGUUAAUAACCAACAAAUUUAUUAAGGACUUGCGAUGUAUGUGUAAUAGUGUACAUUUAAUUAUUGUGUUCUCAGCUUCUGUUUUAGUGUGAUUAUGUGAUUAACAAAAUUGCAUGUGCUGUGGGAUCUGUUGGCAAGCGGUUCUGCUGAUUGCGCUUCCCAUCACCGAAUCGCAGUUUGAUGGUGUGAGUCAGACGUACAGGAUAGCGAAGCGGCAGGCCUGUCAUUGAGCCAGGUAAGUCAGAAGCCUGUGGCUGAAGAGCAGUUUGAAAUAUGUGUGGGAGAUCUGUUUCUAAUUUCAACUUCCAGGUAAGCUGUGGAAUUGGCAUGGUGAGAUCGAACAGACUUUUGGGAAUGAAAGCAUGGCUGGCUGUUACUUUUUUUUUUUACUCGAGUGUAUCCACAGAGUCACCUACAUAAUAGUGCUUAUUCAAAUCUCAGCAGUCCCUGGCGGUCAGUUGAAGCCAUAAUCGAAAUACUGUGCCCAUACGCCUUUAAUUGUUUUAAAAAUAUAGAGAAUAUUGCUGUUUAUUUCUAACAAUCUCUUUUUUGAAACAGUGGAGAAAUCCUUGUUUAUGCCUCACUGGUGUGUUUUGUCUGUGGAUUUGUUUGUCUGUGAAUGUAAAAUGAAAUUUGGAGUAUAUUUGAUUUUUAAUCUCUGUGUAAUACUUAUCACACUACUCUGGCUCUCUACUGGCCAUCUCCAUAAUAUUGUGCUCCACUUUAAAUUAGUGCAUAAAUGUGUACAUGUGUACAGAGGUGACAUGAUCACAAAGGUGUGAGUCCCUCAAAUGCCCAGCAUAUAUUCAGUGUUCUCAUUUGGAUGCUUUAAACUGGCAUUGAGUAUCUAAGAUGAGCAUCUAAGCCUCUUCUCUAAAUCUGGGUUUCACAGUCCCAUGCAAGUGAGCUGUAAUGGGCAAGGGAAGGCGAGAAGAGAACUUUUUCUCUCUUUUUGUGGUUGCAGUUUCACUGGCUUCAUCUGUGGAAUUAUCUGUGGCGUAAGUGUUCUUAGAGUUAGAGUUGGCCAAAUCAAUGUCUGUAGUACUGUUACUGGCAGAAUUUUUUAUGUUUUUUUUAAUUUUUAAAUUUUUUUUAAAAAGCAUAUUUUCGUCAUACCCCCAUGCUCCUCGCCCCUCUACUAGAGAAGCCACAUUACGAUAGAACAUGCCAUCUUUUGUGGAGAGGUGUGGAAUGGGCUGAAGACACUACCUUUGUGGAAAAUGGAUUUAACUGACAUGCUCAGUGAGUGCAUGCAUUUCUGUGAUUUGGCUGAAAUAUGUCUAAUAUACUAAUGGAUUCCCCUUUGUAAAUCUGAAUUGUGUUAUUCAUUUACAUUUUAUUUUCAUACAUUAUGCAAAUUCCGUUUUCAUGGUACACCUACCUAUUGCAUAAAAUGAACUCUGUUUUUUUUUCCCCAUUUAAUAUGAGGAGUUACAAGUUUGAUAAUGAAAUUGCCUGCUACACAGUAAGGGGAUAUGGACUGCAAAUCUGAAUUCAUUUCUAAAUAUAAGAAAUAAAUGGUAAGACUGAAUAAGUAUGAAUAGCUCAAGAUAAAUUUGAAACGGAAUGUCUUUCUGCGGCUUUAAUUGAUGUAAAACAACGGUGAAGGAGUAGAGGUUCUAGUUAAUGUUUGUGAGAGGAACUGCACUUUAGUGACGUAGGACAAGGAGAUGAUGUUUUCUUAAAAUGUUUACUGUAUAUAUAGGUGAUUCUUGUGGCAGUUAGAGCAAAGAUAACUUUUUAAAAAUGCCGAAAGAUCUUUUAAAAAAUAAAUGUACAGCAUUGGAA